UUGAAAGCGGACGCCUGGGGGGCGAAGCCUCGGCCCGCGCCUCCAGGACUGAAUAAACCCUGGCCCCAGCACCAUGUUAACCAAAGAGCACUGCCUUCCUGGCAGGCGUCUACUUGGCUACUUUUGAAGAAUCUUACUGCACAGAUUGAUGGAUCGACACUAAAGACACUGUGCGUUCAGCAUGGACCAUUGCAAAAUUUCCACCUGUACUUGAACCAGGGGCUUGCUCUUGCACGGUACUCUACUCGUGAAGAGGCUGCUAAGGCGCAGAUGGCUCUAAACAACUGCGUGCUGAGCAACACUACGAUAUUCGCGGAGUCGCCCGCCGAGUCUGAGGUGCAAAUGAUUCUGCAGCACCUGGGAUCAGGCGGCGGCGGCGCCUGGCGCGGCGGCGGCGGCAAGGAUGGCUGGGGCUUCCCUGGGCUGUGGCCUGACCAACACGAGCAGCGCGCUACGCCCUCUUCCCUUAACUCCUUCCUGCCACCAGACCUGCUCGGAGGGGAGUCGAUAUAA